AUGGCUUCCCUUCGUGGCGCCAUCGAAGAUGGACAAUUUGACGAUGUUCCGGAGAGCCCCCCUACCUCUUCCGCCCCGGACCCACGACAAGGUCACCGCUUCAUCGACGACGAGGCACUACUAGAAUGGGCAUCGGAGAGCGAGGAGGAGGACAGCGAACCAGACGAGUUUGAGUACGACGAGGACGCUUUGGAGGCUGAGGUGUUCCAGGAACUUCGUGCCGAAGACGAGGACUGGGAGAUCGCAGAGCGAGACUUCACGAAACAGUAUAACCGCCUCAGACAGCAUGUUGCUGUGCGGACCGGGGCCGCUGACGGUGUCACGUCUGCUAUCAAUUCCAAAGCGGCAGUCGCUUCUCUUCCCGCUGUGAAUCGACCUCGCCCGUCCAAGACAGUGCCUACGACUGCCACAAAUCAGCAGCACUCUAAGGACAAGACCGAGAACCAGCUCCAAGCUUUGUCUAAGUACUCCUCCCGACUCAGAAAUCUAGACAUGCCGUACGACCUAGGCGUGGGCGUGAAUCGGAAAGGACCGUCAGCGACCGCCAACAUGAAAGACAAGAGCGACCGCGCGACCAAUGAACAGGUGCUCGAUCCACGGACGCGAAUCAUCCUGUUCAAGAUGAUCGGUCGGGGGCUCAUCUACGAAGUUAACGGGUGCGUAAGCACGGGGAAGGAGGCUAACGUCUACCAUGCACUCACCCCCGAGCGCCGGCAUCUUGCGCUCAAAAUCUACAAGACGUCUAUCCUUGUUUUCAAGGAUCGGGACCGGUAUGUCUCGGGCGAAUACCGAUUCCGCCGGGGCUACAGCCGCCAUAACCCCCGGAAAAUGGUCCGCGUGUGGGCCGAGAAGGAGAUGCGCAAUCUGAAGCGGCUGCGUACGGCAGGCAUCCGGUGCCCGGAACCUCUCGAAGUCCGCGAGAACGUGCUCGUCAUGAGCUUCGUGGGCGACAAUGACGGCUGGGCUUCCCCUCGAUUGAAGGAUGCCGACAUCCCGGAGUCCGCGAUGGCGGAUCUCUACGUCGAGCUUAUGCUCAUGGCGCGCAAGAUGUUCGUCGAGUGCAGGCUCGUCCACGCCGACCUCUCCGAAUACAACAUCCUCUACCACGUCCCCGACGCGGCGCCCACGGACCCCGCGGCUUCUGCGACCGAGUCCGAAGCCGCCCCGCGUCGACGGGGGCGCAGACCGUCGGUCGAGCACGACCACCCGCACGCGUUCGACUUCCUCCGGCAGGACCUCCGCAACGUCGACGACUUCUUCGCCCGCCGCGGCGUGCCCACCGUCGGCCUCCGCCGCGCGUUCGAGUUCCCCGCCGAUGCCGACGCGGACGGCUUGGACGGCGGGGAGGCGCGGACGCACGAGGACGCGGUGUUCAUGCGCUCGUACAUCCCCCGCACGCUCAACGAGGUCUACGACCCCGAGCGCGACGUCGGCGUGCUCUCCCGCGGGGAGGGCGCGCGGCUCAUCUACAAGGACAUGAUCGGGAUCGUCGGCCCGAGCGAGGACGUGGACGGGGCCGGCGCGGACAAGGACAAGCGGACGAAGGCGGUCUCGUUCGUGGACGAGGGCGGGGAAGCGGAAGGCGGGGAGGAGGACGGGGACGAAGAUGCGGGGAGCGAGGAAGACGACGAGUCCGAGGAUGACGGCGAGUUCAACGAUAGGAAGCCUCGUGGGCACCGACAUGAGGACAAGGACACGAAGAAGGAGCGCAAGAAGGCAGCAAAGGCAGAGGCCCGCGAGAAACGCAAGCACAAAAUACCCAAGGCGGAGAAAAAGCGCAAGGUCAAAGCUACCGCUCGUGGAGGAUGA